GGCAGCGGCGGGUGGGAUGGCCCAGGCCAGGAUCAGCGCCAAGGCCAGCGAGGGGGCGCAGCAGCAGCCGCAGCAGCAGCAGCAGUCGGGCGGGCAGCUCCGGGGCCGCUUCUACCGCUCCACCUCCAUGGCCGACCGCUCCAGCCGCCUGCUCGAGAACCUGGACCAGCUGGAGCUCAGGGUAGAGGCUUUCCGUGAUGCAGCAUCUGCCAUGGAGCAAGAGAAAGAAAUUCUGCUUGAAAUGAUCCACAAUAUACAGAACAGCCAGGAUAUGAGGCACAUCAGCGAAGGUGAGAGAGAAGAACUUAAUUUGACUGCUAAUCGCCUGAUGGGCCGAACCCUCACGGUGGAGGUUUCCGUAGAAACCAUCCGCAACGCGCAGCAGCAGGAAUCCCUCCUGCACGCCACCAAGAUGAUCGAUGAGAUCGUCAAUAAACUCCUCGAUGACUUGGAAGACGCCAAAAUGCGCUUAAUGUCACUUUACGGUGCGUGCACGUCCGACGUGCCAGCGGGACCCAUCGAUCAGAAAUUCCAGUCUGUGGUCAUCGGAUGUGCCAUUGAGGAUCAGAAGAAAAUCAAAAGGCGCCUAGAGACUCUGCUCAGAAACUUGGAAAAUUCUGAAAAGUCCAUCACAUUGUUGGAGCAUCAGAAAUCAUCUGUUCGGCAGUCUUGCAACAGCAAACAGGAUUAACGUAUCCUCCUGGCUACUUCUGGCAAACCACAGGAUGAGCAAGUGCCCGUAAAAAGCACACAGAAGCCAAGAAAAGAAUUCUCUGUAUGAGCACACAAGUAUAUACACAUCCACACGCACCAAAGUAUCUUUGAUUGCGAGGUGCAAGCAUUUAGUGGGUUUUGUAGCAUUGGCAUUUUCUUUUGGCAAUAAGGAAUGCUAUCAGUUCUUCUGUAGAGUCAAUACUGCUCUAUUGCAAAUUGUAAUUGUGCUUCUGCUGAACUGACAGAAACUGAAAAUGUAGCCUUUCUCCAUUCUCCUGGGUUUUUUAAACUAAAGUUGUUUUGUCCUAUCAUGAAAUUUCAGCUUUUCUCUGCUGUAUAUGUAGUGUGUGAACCAGACUUUUGGGGACAAAAGAAAAAUCAUGGCAAUAAAUCAAAAGAAUUAAUAAACCGUU